CGUGGAACCAGCAUUCAUAUUCAUACAAAAGCCAUAACAGAAUUCCGAAGAUGGGCAGGGAGGGGUCGAAGUAUGGCCACGAGCUCUCUUGCAACGAUAUGGAUACUCUACGGCUUAGCUGUCGUGAUCAUGGUUAUUCGGCUGGUCCUGGGACGAUUGUGCAAGCAGAAGUUUGACGUUGGUGAUCGGCUUACUCUCGCUGCAAUUGUGUUCUCCAUAGCACGGAUUGCUUUCACUCAUGUGCUUGUUAUUUGGGGGACGAAUAAUAUCAGUGAUGAGUACAGAGACACACAUCAUUUCAGCAAGUUGGACAUUUACCACCGGGAGAUGGGUAGCAAAUUUACAUUAGUGGCGCGAUCGUUGUAUAUUUUGCUUCUCUGGACGCAAAAGUUUGUACUCCUGGAGUUCUAUAAGAAGUUAGUGAAGGAUAUGCCCUGGGCGAAACCAACUCUCAUUUGCUACUUGGUAACAUUUAUUAUCACGUUCUGCUUAAGCAUUAUUUUCACAUUUGUGGAAUGCCAUCCAUUCAGCCUCUAUUGGGUAGUAAUUCCAGAUCCAGGAAAAUGCAACGAAGCCAUAAUUCAGCUGUUUGUUGUUGGCAUCCUUAAUAUGUCCACGGAUCUACUGCUCAUAGCUCUCCCUAUCCCUAUCCUUCUCCAAGUCCACUUAAGUAUUAUCAAAAAAGUUCAACUGGGCUUCCUCUUCUGCGUUGGUUUCGUGAUCGUUAUUAUUACAGCAGUUCGAAUACCUCGUACGCUCAAAAAUCCGGGCUCCGAGACCUUUCGCAUCACUUGGACAACGGGCGAGUUUCUUGCAGCAACAUUUGUGGCAAACGCGCCGACAUUGUACUCGUUUCGGAAGCGAUUCGAAAGGAGGAAGAAAAAGCCGUUCCGAACAUUGGCAAGCAGGCCCCGAGGCGAGCCGGUGCAGAUUCAGGAUUUAGAUAGUACGGCCAAGUCAAGAACCCAAGGGGGAGCGGGUGAGACUCUUGUGGGCUCAGUUGAUACCGAACACACUUAGCAAUACGGGAGGCCCCAAACCAAGAUCCCCAGUGAUAGGCCGGUAAUAAGACAAAGAGUAAUUCACGACAUCGAAGGCACGACGGGUUAUAAAACCCUCGACUGUAGUUGAAAAGAGGCGGCCCGGAAGAUCCUACCUUUCAAAACAACCCUAAUAUUGAACCAAAGUGGUAGGAGAUGCUGUCACGUGACUGAUUCGCCACGCCGGGCCAUAAAUCUCCACGAAGGCUCAUGUAUAUAUAGCUAUUUCUCAGGAAUCAUCCUUCAUAAAACUCAACCCUCCUACUCGUGGGUAUUCACU